AUGGUCGAUGGGAACGUAACGUUUCUGACUGCAACCGAGUCUUCUUGGCGUCGCCAACUCUCGUCACGAUACACUGGAGGAGGUCUCAUUGUCGCCAUUGGGUAUCCGUUAACUAGAAAAUUAUAUGAUUUUCAACGACGGAACAGCGAUUUGACCCCACCAACGAAGAAUCCAAUUCCUGGCCACGGAGGAGCCGAUGGCUUUCUUGAUUUUAUUGAUGGAUGUGUUCGGCCCGCGGUCAAAGCGCGUUACCCGCAAAUAACUGUCUCGCGAGAAGGUCUUUAUGGCCAUUCAUACGGGGGCAUUUUCGUGCUCCACGCCUUGUUCACGCGCCCCACUAUGUUCGAUAGCUACUUGGUUGCCAGCCCCUCGAUUUGGUGGAAUGAUAGGUGCAUAAUGAGCGAGGCGAAAACAUUCUUGGAGAACGAAAUCACGCCAGUCAAUAUCGGCUCGCUACCAUCGCUGGCUAUUUUCUGGGGCUCCUUUGAACAAACUCCACCCCGAUGGGAUAAUGAAUCACUUGACGAAUAUGAGAAGAAAGUGCAGACAGCCUCCGAUCAGAAGAUGGCGGACAGCGCCUUCGGUCUUUCUGAGAUGUUGAGAGGCUCAAAGGGGAUACGAAGAGUCAAAGCAGAGGAAAUUCCAAAGGAGGACCAUAUAAGUAUUACUCCAUGUUCAGUCAGUCGAAGUAUCAUAACCUUCUUCGAGGACUGGACAUGGGAGGAUUGCUAG